AUAUCGUCUAAGACCACGAAGUCUCAGACGAAUCUUUGCAAAGCGGCGUGGUUUUGCACAGAGUUAAUAUUUGUAAUUUUUUGUUAAAAGAGAAAAAUAUUUAACCGCUGAAAAUGUCAGCAAUCAGUUUACUCAAUCCUAAGGCUGAAUAUGCCCGAGCUGCUCAGGCUUUGGCUAUCAACAUUUCUGCCGCUAAAGGUAUUCAGGAUGUAAUGAAAACCAACCUCGGACCUAAGGGAACGAUGAAAAUGCUUGUGUCUGGCUCUGGAGAUAUCAAAAUCACCAAAGAUGGCAAUGUACUUCUUCAUGAAAUGCAAAUCCAACAUCCCACAGCGUCUCUCAUUGCCAGAGCAUCUACAGCUCAAAAUGAUAGCACCGGUGAUGGUACCACUACCACAGUUUUGCUCAUUGGUGAAUUGUUGAAACAAGCUGACAAUUACAUCGCAGAAGGUCUCCACCCACGCAUUCUUGUUCAAGGCCUUGAACUCGCCAAAGCCAAAAUUCUUGAAGUACUUGAAAAAUCUAAAGUACCAAUCACUGAAAUAACAAAAGAAGCACUUACUGAUGUUGCAAGCACAGCACUGAGAACUAAAUUACAUCCUUCUCUUGCUGAUAAACUCACAGACAUCUGUGUUGAAGCUCUUCUUGAAAUCAGACAAGGUGAAUCAGAUAUUGAUCUUCAUAUGGUCGAGAUUAUGGAAAUGCAACACAGAACUUCGGCUGACACUACCCUAAUCAAAGGUUUGGUUCUUGAUCAUGGUGCAAGACACCCUGAUAUGCCAAAAAGAUUAGAGAACUGUUACAUUUUAACAUGCAAUGUCAGUUUGGAAUAUGAGAAAACUGAAGUAAACAGUGGUUUCUUUUACAAAACUGCAGAAGAACGUGAGAAGUUGGUUAAUGCUGAACGUCAAUUCAUUGAUAACCGUGUGAAAAAAGUUAUUGAAUUGAAGCGCAAAGUAUGUGCCAACAAUGAUAAGAGCUUUGUGUUAAUCAACCAGAAAGGUAUUGACCCACCAUCGUUAGAUGCUCUUGCCAAAGAAGGUAUCAUUGCUUUAAGACGCGCCAAGAGGCGUAACAUGGAAAGACUUAGUUUGGCUUGUGGAGGUCAAGCCAUGAAUUCUUUUGACGAUUUAUUGCCUGAACAUUUGGGUUAUGCUGGUCUUGUAUAUGAACAUGUUCUUGGAGAAACGAAGUAUACUUUUGUUGAGAACUGCCAAAAACCCAACUCUGUGACAAUUCUCUUGAAGGCACCAAAUAAGUAUACCCUUGCUCAACUUAAAGAUGCUGUAUAUGAUGGUCUUAGAGCUAUUAAAAACGCUAUCGACGAUCGUGCCGUUAUUCCCGGUGCAGGUGCUUUUGAGAUUGCUGCUUACAUGGCACUCCAAGAGUAUAAAAACGAAGUUAAAGGAAAGCAAAGGUUAGGCGUUCAAGCUUUUGCAGAUGCUCUGCUCGUAGUUCCUAAAACUUUAGCUGUCAACAGUGGAUAUGAUUCACAAGACACAAUUGUUAAACUGCAAGAAGAAGCAGUCGCACUUGAUCUGCCAGUCGGUCUAGAUAUCAAUUCUGGCGAAACUUUAGACCCACGGGCAGCUGGAAUUUACGACAAUUUCAUUGUUAAAAAACAAAUAAUUAACUCUUGCUCGAUCAUUGCCAGUAAUCUUCUCCUUGUCGAUGAAAUCAUGAGAGCCGGUCUGUCAUCAUUGAAAGGAUAAGUGAUGAAUAAUAAAAAAGCAAAAAUAUUUUUAUCAAAGCGUUGCCUCCCGUUUAAUGUUCUCUAAUCUGCCAGCUUGAGAAACAGUUUUACUGCUAUAUUUUUUCUACUGCAGUGCAAAGCAUACACACGAAUUUGUAUUACACUUGUCUGGAAAUAAAAGUAUUUCGUACUACUGUUUAAAUAUU